GCCCAUAAAAUAUAAAGAGACUUGUGAAACCUUUCAUUGUACCUUCUCUAUCUUGUGAUUGUUAUUAAAGACUACACAUCAUAUCAUAUCAUAAUCUAGUGUGUGUGUGUGUCUUGUCUCCCACCGCUCUUCAUUCAAACUACUCUAACCUAUAUCACAUUUUUCUUUCUAAAACUCACAAGACUAUUUCACAAUUUUCUUUUCUUUUCUUCUAUUGGUAUAUAUAUCCACAUAUAUAUAAACAUAUCAUCAUCAUUAUCCUCUAAAUAUUAUUUCAUUUUCAUGCAUAUAUUGAAUAGCAUGCCUUGAUAAUAUUAUUAUUAUGAUGAAAGACCUUUCCUUAUUCUUAGUGAAAAAUUCAUUAGGAGGAAAGAUGAGAAAAGGAUUCCGGUCAACUUUUUGCAACGGCGACGACUCCACAUCCACCCUCGACCGCCACCUUCUUCCUCCUCCUCCACCUUCUGAUCAUCAUCUUCCUCUUCCUCUUCCUCUUCUCCAACAUGAUCAUAAUCAUAAUCAAGUUGGAACCUUAGAAGAGAUGAUUCUCAAACUAGAGUUAGAAGAAGAGAAAGCAAGAAAAUAUUCCACCACUACUACUAAUAACCGCGAACAUGGUAUUAACCAUGGUCGCAAAAUGUCUUAUUGUAACAACAACAACAAUAGCUCAGAUAUACUCAUGUCAGCGAGAAAUGCUGCCAUGAGUCAGUAUCCGAGAUUCUCCCUUGAUGGGAAGGAUGCUAUGUACCGAUCUUCCUUCAGAAACAACGAUAAUAAUAUGAAGAUGAUGGAAUUAGAGCAAGGAAGGAGAUCGGUGUGUUGUGGUGAGCUCAAAAGGCUUAGGGGGAGACUACUCGGCCUAGGGGGAGGCGGUGGGGGGCUUGUGCUGCCUCCCACGUUGGCUGGAGAGAGCGUUGUGUGGUGUAAGCCGGGAGUUGUGGCGAAACUUAUGGGAUUGGAUGCAAUGCCAAUGCCUGUGAAGAGGAGGAGUAUUGUUAAGCAAGAGGAGAUCAUAAUGGACGGUGUUGAUCGUCAUCAACAUCAUCAUCAUCAUCAUCAUCGUGUGGAUAUAAUGGACGGUGGUGAUGAAAAGGAGAUGUUGUUUAAGAUGAGAUCUAACAAUAAUAAUAAGAAGAAAAGUAGUUAUAACAAUAAUAAUGGUUAUAACUGUAAUAAUAACAACAAUAAUAAUGUUAUGAUGAAACCCGUGAUGGAAGUACACUCCGGUGGUGGUGGCGGCAGUGGACGCCGGCGUUUUCAUUAAAUGAUUGAUAUUAUUAUUCUUAUUAUCUAAUUUAUUAUUAAUUAAUUAAUAUAUAUUGGUUAUGUGAUGAAAGAAAUUCACAAAAUUAAUUAUUAGAUAUUUAAUUUUGUUUUAUUUUUGUAAUAUAUGUAUUAUGGUAUAUAGAUAUAUGUAUACUGAUUUUUUUUAUGUAUCUAUACAAUUUCAGAAAUUAUUAUUGCUAGCUAUAUAUCUGUUUAUUUAGUGAUAUGUCGAAUAAUAUAAUUAAUUUAGUGUGAUUGUAUUU